UUAGUGUCUCUUACUCGCUCGCACCCAUCGUCCGUGUGUUUAGUUGCUCAUUUUUGUGUACUUCGCCGUAGUUUUUAUUCGUUUUUGUUGUUUUUUUUUCUCCCAUUUUUAUUAUUGGUUUUUGUGUUAUUUUGCUUUCGUUUGGGUUGCCCAUUGUGAUGAUGGCACUAUUGUUUCAGUAUAAUAUUAUGCGCAGGUACACGCACAUUUGUUCUAUGUAUUUGAUGUGCGCAUUUUCAUUAAGAAGCGACACACACCGAUCUUUUUUUUUCCGUGUGAUUGUGAGUCGGCAGUGAGUGAGUGAGUGAAUGUGAUGGUGUAUGUUGAUGUGUGUGUGUGUGUCUCUCUCUCUGUGUGUGAAAGAGUGUAUUGAUGGACAAAAACUCAACUGUAUACAGUGAGCGCACUGCUGCUGCCGCUCUAAAACACAUGGAAAAUACACUGAAAAUAAAACGGACAGAAAACCGAAACCAAAGAAGAAAAAAAAAAUUAUCCAUCACGUCAAACAACGUAUUUGUAUGUUGUAUGUUUUGCUGUGUGUUAUGUGUUUUUUUGGGCAGAAGAGAAGAAUUUGAACGAAAAAUUCAGUCGGUGUUAUGAUGAUCGUCUCUCGAGUUGGCGUCCAUAGACAUUUAGAUUAAUUUUUUUUUUUCGUUGUUUUGCCGAAAUUUUCGUUGUUGUGUGUGAUUUAGCGUUUUUCUUGCCCGCAUCCUCACAGGUUUGGUGGUGUGUUUUUUCUUUCUUGGUGACAACAGAGAAAUAAAAAAAAACACACAAUCUAGAUAUAACGAUUAAAAUUCAUGUGACCCCAAACGUGGAUUGUGUCUCAUUUACCAUUUUUGUCAAUUUCGUCGUUCAAGUUGCUGACUUUUACGGCAUAUGCAUUGAUGCGAGUGUGAGUGAGUGGUGUUUUUUUUUUCUUCGUAAUAAUCCAUAAAUGGUGAUUAUUAAAUUGAACUGUAUUUAUGAUAAAUGCGAUCUAUCGAUGUUGUUUCGUUUUUGGUGUGCCCAGAUUUUGUUGUUCCAAUAUUUGUUUUUUUUUUUUUUGAUGAAACCACGAUUCAGAAUCACAUUUGGAACAAUUGUGAAUCGAAUUUGGUUGAAAUUGUGAAAUAUGAAGAAAAAAAUGCGACACAUCGAUUUCGUUUGGAACGAUACACAUCGGUUUUGUUAGCGUUUUUUUCUUUCUCGUUGUUUCUCCAAAGCGACACAAAUCGAAUAUGAAAGAGAGAACAACAGCACCGUAUGUGAUGAACACCCGAUUCAAACACACACACACACACACAUACUCGGAAACUUAUGCAAACAAAUAAUCUCGUAUGUGAAUGAAUUUCGUUUUUGUUGUUGCUGCUGCUUUUGACUCAGUUUCGACAACACUGCAAUUCAUCGCUCAUUUCGAAUGAAUUUGUACAGUGGUCGUGUGUUUGUGUCACAAACGUUUCAGUGCGAACUUUAAUCUAAUUCUCAAGUGCCUCAUCUUUUAAUUAACAACAGCGACAUUCUGUCAAGCCACUCUCUCUUUCUCACACACACACACACACACACACACAUGGAGAGUUUGGAUACUUUGGUGACAAAAGACGAAAUUCGGUUGACACGAAAAAGUUCGGUUUUUUUCUAAACAAAAUUGUGACAAAUCGUACGUCAAGGUAACAAAAAACAGCGAUCAAGUGUGGUGUUGUUCAUAGAAUUGCAUUGUUUUUCGAAGAUCUGUCUUUUCUCCAGAAAUGACAUUAUUUUUUCAGUCCCAAAAUUCCAGUCUUUUUGUUCUCAAAUCGUCGCUCUCUUUGGUUUUGGAAUUUCGAUGUUAGUUUUUCGGCCUUAAUCUUUGUUAAAUCGGUUUCUAUUCGGUUACUAUCUCUCAUGAAGUUUUUCUAUGCUGGAAUCGGUGUACGUUUUCCACCUCGGAAUAUUAAACGUAUGUAUGGACGCUACGGCACUGAUCAAUCAUAUUGAAAUUUGGUUUUUAAUUGGGCAUUUCAAUAUGUUUCUAUCCAAAUAUUUCUGCUUUUAAAGAUGUACUCUUCGUUUUCCUAACCAAGACGACCUCUGGAAAAAAAACAUCGUUUUUCAACUCCCAAAAUUGUGUUCUUUUUUUCGGAAGAAUGAAGAAGAAACGUAAUAAACUUCAUGGCAAAUGACGUUGUUUUUGUACCUGAAGGAAAAAUCAACAAAAAUCACCAAAACUCAAUGAAAUGCACCGUCGAAAAAAAGAUCGUUUAAAUGUUUGUUGUUCCAAAACAUCCCGAGCGUUGUUUAUUCAAUUGUGUUUCGAAAUGUGGUGUGCAACAACAAAAUGUCGGUGAGCCUAUAGAAAUUGGUUGUGCAUCGUGAAUUUCGGCAUAAUAAAUGUUGUGCAUCGCACAAUACAAAUGUUUCGUGUGUGCCUUCAAAAGGUUGUGUGAUACGGUGUAUAUUACCAUGUGAUUGCGACGACCACUUGUUAACCUUCACAUCCGGAUGGUAUUUGGUAUAGCAUUUUUUUCAUCAUCGGAUGGCCAGUGCAUACAGUGCAUGCCAUACACACAGCACCCGAAUGAAAUUUCAAAUUUAAAAAAAAAACACACACUGCCCGAUUCCAUUAGAAUAGGUGCAUUCGAUACGUAUUCAUUUUCAUGCUUUAACCGAGUGCAUUCUAUUGCAUAUAUAUGUACGUACCGAUAUUCUUAUUGACUCACGGCAUAUUGACUCGCUGCUAUGCCAUGCACUCGGGCACAACUUAGCACAUAUUGUGUACACGAGCAAACCGUUUUUUCCCAUAAAACAAGUUUUCUACUACAUAAAAUUUUCGUUCGGUUAUUCUGCUGUUUUUUUUUGUUGUUGUUGCUUGAGAAUUUCUUGUCGAUCUUUCUUUGUACAUUCUUUACAUAAUUGCUUGCCGCUGCCGUGGCCGUCGUCGUCGUCAUCGGUCGAUGGAAAACGAUUUAACUGUUUCGCGAGUGCAAGCGAAUGAGUAUAGCAUAAGAUAGUCUGUCCAUCGGAAUUCUUCCAUACAAAUUGUUGCGAAAAUGGCCAAGAAUGAAAGCCACCCAACGCAGCACGGACACGACAAAUGAUAAGGUCAAUGAAAAUUUCUUUCUUUCUUGAGUGUUGCUACAUUUAUGAUUCAUCGCCGGUCCAGUUUGAUUGACAAUUAGAACGGGAACGAACAAGAUUUCCGGAAAAAGCGUAACAUUUUGUGGACGGAAUGUAAAAUUUUGAAGCGUUUUUUUGCCAAAAAAACCAUAAUCGUGUGUCAAUUGAAAAAUUGAGUGCCAAUUUUAUCGAAUAAAAGUGUUAAUUUCAGUGCCCAAAAAAGUAUACGAAAAAUUAUUGAAAAUAUUGUGCGUGGCCAAAAUUUAAAUCAGUGUUAAUUUGUGAAGAAAAACUACAGUUGCCAAAUUGAAACCUAUUUUGCUUGUGAUAAAGGUGUUUAAUUGACUGAACAGUGUGCAAAAGACAGAAAAGGAAGGAAUUUCGGAUUAAAAACGAAGAAAAUUGAGAAAAGAAGCCAAAAAAGUUUAAAAAAAAGUGAAGAAAAUUGGAAAGAAAAACAAAAAGAUUUAAAAAAAAAACUGAGAUCACAAAAGAAAAACGACGACUUUAAACGAAACCCAAUUAAACUAUUCAGAAAAGCCAGAAAAAAUUGUGAACUAUCAACGAAAUUUUUUCAAAACUUCACCCGAAAAAAAAUCGAUUAGUGUCGAAACAAUCGAUAAGAGUUGUUCAGUGGUUAUCGGUGGGAGUAGAUUUAAAGAAAACAUGAACGGGGUCAAUGGUUCGGUGGCCGUUUUAACGACGACGACAACAACCACCGAAAAAACCGUCUCAACAAUUGCUGCUGAUCCAGACAAAGCCAAUAAUAAUGACAACAACAACAUCAGUAGCAGCAUGGACAUAAGCAGUGGUCAAAUAGUCACCGAAUUAAAUAACGAAGAUCGCUUUAUGGAGCACGAACAGUACUCAACAGAUGAGAUGUUAGAAUCGGAAAAGUCGAGCUUAUUUGGCCGUGUCCAUGAUUUGGAGCGGCGAGUACUGACGCAACAAGAUGAAAUUGUAUGCUUGCGAUCCACAUUGGCCGAUGUGCUGCGACGUCUCAACACAAUUGAAGGGAAUAUCGAACGAGGUGCCAUUACAAAUAACACUUUAGGAAUUCAAGGCGGCCGAAGUGCACCAAACACACCAUCACGGAAUGGAGCGCCCGUUUUCAGUAGACUGUCAUCGCAGAGUUCAGUGCAUUCAAACUCAUCGAUGGGAAUGAAUUGUGGGCAAAACAAUGAUUGGAAGCUACGCAAGCCGAUGGUACGUUCGGUGCAGGGUACCACAACGCCCGAUAUGCACUCUCGACGUCAUAGUGGCGGAGUGAGCUCAUUGCAUCAAAGCCGAACCAAACCAAUUCACCAAUCAAACGGUUCGAUUCAAUCGGAUUCGCCUAGUAGUAACUCAAUAUCACCAGCCCCGUCACCUUCGCCACGGCCACAAUCAGUGAAUACGGUGAACAAUGGCAAUGCUGGAUUAGGCAAACGCUGGAAUUCAACCGGAGAUUUCAAUGCACAGUCAGCUCUGGUUGGGAGAUUAUCAACGAAGUCUUUAUUGAAUUUAUCGACAAAAAUAUUGCCAGGGCAUGUUCUCAAGCAUGGCACACAAACAUGCAGCUAUAACGAAGAUGAUGGCACGGUGAAAAUGUUCUUACGUGGACGUCCAGUCAUUUUGAAUGCAACGAGUGAUGUGAAGGAAAUAUACGAUGUAACCAAAGUACAACCGGCACCAAAUAAGAAACUCAAACUAGACUGGGUGUAUGGGUAUCGUGGCAAAGAUUGCCGCUCAAACCUUUAUCAAUUGCCCACCGGUGAAAUGGCCUAUUUUGUCGCAUCGGUCAUUGUACUAUACAACGUUGACGAACAGUCACAACGUCACUAUAUCGGUCACACCGAUGAUGUCAAAAGCUUGUGCAUUCAUCCAAAUAAACUUCUAGUCGCAACUGGACAAUGUGCUGGACAUAAUAAAAACGACGCUUUACCUCACAUACGGAUCUGGAAUUCCGUAUCUUUGGCAACUCUGAUGGUGAUUGGCGUCGGUGAGUUCACCGGUUCGAUAAACAGUCUGUGCUUUAGUCGGGCCGACAGUGGUUCGAUGAUUGUGGCCAUCGAUGAUUCGGCCGAUAAAAUUAUCUCCGUAUGGGAAUGGCAGCGUGGCGAAAAAGGCCAUAAAAUCACGGAAACACGGUGUUCCGUGGACACGAUAGUUGCGGUUGAGUUCCAUCCAUUGGAUCGUAAUCAGAUUGUGUCUGCUGGUAAAGGGCACAUUGCAUUCUGGACGCUCGAUCAAAAUGGAACGCUGUACAAACGGAUGGGUGUGUUUGAAGGGCGAGAGAAGCCAAAAUAUGUAACAUGUCUUGCGUUCACGCAGAGCGGUGACGUCGUAUCGGGUGAUUCGAAUGGAAAUAUUCUGGUGUGGAGCCGUGGAACGAAUACAAUUACACGAUUGCUGAAAAAAGUGCACGACGGUUCGAUAUUCGCGUUGUGCGCGUUGAAAGAUGGUGGAUUUUUGUCGGGUGGCGGUAAAGAUGGUCGCAUAAAAUUGUUUGACGCUGAUCUCAGUCCGACGGGCAUCGAAAUGGAGAUUGAGCAGCAUUUUGGUGCGGUGCGAGUGGUGGCCGAAGGAAAAGGUUCACAGCUGUUGAUUGGAACGACGCGAAAUUGUAUAUUGACGGGAAAUAUGCAGUUGGGCUUUUCGCCAGUCAUCAUGGGCCACACCGAUGAAGUGUGGGGUUUGGCCAUUCACCCGAAUAUGCCACAGUUUGUGACGGGCGGCCGUGAUCGUCUGCUCCAAUUGUGGGACUCUUUGUCGCAUUCGGUGGUGUGGAGCAAGGAUAUUGGCGAACAAAUUCAAUGCUGUGCAUUCUCUGUGGAUGGCGCCAUGAUUGCCGUUGGUACGGUGUUCGGGAAAUGGAUCAUAUUUGAUGCAUUAACACGCGAAGCACUCACACAACACAUCGAUGGACAGGAAGCCAUUCAGGCGAUUGAAUUUUCACCCGAUGGAAAACUCAUGGCCAUUGGCUCACGCGAUAACAACAUUUACAUCUAUCAAGUAGGCGAUGAUUACAGACGAUUCGCCAAAGUUGGACGAUGUGCGGGUCACUCAAGUUACGUGAAACACGUCGACUGGUCCGAGGAUAGUCAAGUGCUGCGAAGCAACUCUGGAGAUUAUGAAGUGCUUUAUUGGAAUCCAACAUUGUGCCGGCAAAUAACGUCAUCGUCAACAACAAACGAUAUUAAAUGGGCCACACAAAAUUGCAGUCUUUCAUUCCAAACGAUUGGCGUCUGGCCUGAGCAUGCCGAUGGAACUGAUAUCAAUGCAGUGUGCAAAAACUUUGAAGGUUCACUCAUGGCCAGCGGAGACGAUUUCGGCAAAGUGAAACUGUUCUUGUAUCCAGCGACCCAACCAAAAACUUUAUCGCAUUCAUACGGAGGUCAUAGUAGUCAUGUGACGGAUGUUAAAUUUAUGCACGACGAUGCACGUCUUAUUUCGACUGGUGGCAAUGACACAAGCGUUAUGCAAUGGGUUGUUUCAUAAGCAAGCAAACAAAUAAGCAGAAAAAAAGAGAGAAAAACUAAUCUAAACUAAACUAAUUUAUUGAAAUAUAUAUUUUUUUCAUCGUUUCUGUAUCUAAAAACCAGCUAUGAUUAGGGCAAAACGGAUUCAGUUUUUUUUUAAAUUUUCGUUUUUAGAGCAUUUCUGAUAUAAGAUACUAUUGACUACUAUGCUAUCAACAAUCAACUACUUUUGCACUUUUUUGCAAUGUUUUUUUUUAAUAUUGUAUUACAUUCCAUAAUAAAUAUUUUAUUAUUUCUUUUUUUUUGAGACCGAUAAAGUUUCGGUCGAUUUGAAUUUGAAUUGGAAAUUUGUGUCUAACCAAGAUUCCAUCCAUUUUAUUUUAGUUACUUUUUAAAUACUGCACAAUCAAAACAACAACAAAUCGAAUUGAA